CUCCAUCUGUCACUGUGCUCAUAUAAAGACACCCCACUGCCCCCCAUUAAUUCACUGGGACUCUCCUGUCAUUGAAAGCCUUUGUGGGCCCCUGUCUUCCAUCUUUCCAUAGAAAUCCAUCCUAACUUCAUUAAAAGUUCAACAUGUCUGACAUAGAGGAGGAAUAUGAAGAACAAGCAGAGGAGGAAGAGGAGGAAGCUACAGAGGAAGCUGGAACAGAUCAGCAAGACUACAGCGAAUAUCAAGAUGAGACUCAGGAAGAAGGUGAGGAGGAGGAAAGACCACGUCCCAAACCCGUGGCUCCCCAACUGGCACCUCCAAAAAUUCCAGAGGGUGAGCGGGUAGAUUUUGAUGAUAUACACCGGAAAAGAAUGGAGAAGGACUUCCUAGAAUUACAGACUUUAAUUGAUGUCCACUUUGAGCAGAGGAAGAAGGAGGAGGAAGAACUGAUUUUUCUUAAGGACAGAAUUGAAAAGCGACGUUCGGAGCGAGCAGAACAACAGCGUGUUAGAGCAGAAAAAGAAAGAGAUAGACAGACAAGGAUUGCGGAAGAGCGUCAGAGGAAAGAGGAUGAGGAGGCUAAGAAAAGAGCAGAAGAUGAAGCCAAAAAGAAAAAGGUUCUUUCCAAUAUGGGGGCCAACUUUGGAGGCUUCUUAGCUAAGGCAGAGCAGAGAAGAGGGAAACGUUUGACGGGACGAGAGAUCAAGAGGAAGACUCUUGCAGAGAGGCGCAGUCCUCUUGGCAUUGAAAACCUGCGAGAGGAUGGCUUAAGGCAGCGAGCUCAGGAAAUGUGGAACUGGAUUUACCAGCUUGAGUCAGAGAAAUUUGAUCUGUUGGAUCAAAUGAAAAGACAGAAGUAUGAGAUUGUUGUUCUGCUGAACAGGAUUUCUCAUGCUCAGAAGUUUAAAAAAGUCCAUGGUAAAGGAAAGGUUGGAGGUCGCUGGAAAUAAGAAAAAUGAAAAAAAAAAAAAUAUGAGAAGACAGGAUAUAUUUUACUCCUAUAGGCAUUUAACUCUUCUUUAACUCUUCUUUAGCAUCUACUAAAACUUCUAACAAAAUCACCAGUGUUAAAAUCAACACUGCUGGUGUAUUUAUGGGGACCACCAGGUCUGGUGUUGCUCAUAUAAACCCCAGCAGUGUUGAUUUAACACUGGUGAUUUUGCUGUGUGAGAUUAUAUUUCUGAAUAUAUGCAGUUGCUGGAAAUAAAAAAAAUGCUAAAAUAUAAGUAGUAAGUAUAAGUUAUUUCUUUAACUCUUCUUAAACCCUUCUGUCACAGCAUCUGCUAAAACGUCUAACAAUGAGAUUAUAUUUCUGAAUGUAUUCAUAAUAAAACCCUCUCUGAUUAUGUAAUAA